CUCACAUCUGUCACAACAUACUCACAGCCCGAUUAAGACAACUGAUUAUCUGUUCUGCAUAUGUAUAGUAUUGCUUUUAGUCACUUUGAUCACUCCAGUCGCACAACAAAUCCUAGAAAGGAGGUUCUAGGUAGGUACCUACCUAGAGGUACCUAUCGCGUCCACGUCCAACGUCCCCAUAUCUUCUAGUUAGUAGUUUCUCGUUCUUGCCGGGCAAGCGGGCAGCGGAGUCUAGAAGCGGAGAGAGCUACUUCCUACUUUACAUUAUAACAGGUAGGUACCUACUUGAGGAAAAGGUUGCCCCACCAUGAUGGACAUAAGUCAGGUUCUCCCACAAGUUUUAAGAGAGAGACCUAGAGAGAUCUCUUUUAGACCUACCUUUUUACCAGGUCUGGCACAUCAUAUCAUCAUAUCAUCAUCACUUAGCUUUUUUUUUUCUUCUAAAAUUUCUCUUUUUUUCCCCUUUUUCCAUAUCCUUUACUUAUUACCUGUCUCUCUCUUCGCUAUUAAAAAAAAUCAACUCACUACUUGGGGGCCAUCCCUCGGCCCAAAUUGCUGACAGCUUUUUAUAUCUUAACUCCAUUUGGAUUUUAUUGUUAUCUAGCUCCUCGGUAUAUUAAUUGCCAUGACAACCCCGAGCGAUGCUGAUGAUCGCCGCCAACCGGAGCAGUCGCAAGACAGCCCCAACGAUGUAUCCGAACGUACCGAUGCCUCCGUAAAACCCCCAGAACGUGCAUCGGUGCGAUUCUCGUCCAUAGUUGACGAAAUCGAUGCUCCAAUCUCGACCUUCGGUAGUCCGGAGGCCCGAAGGGAGAGCUCUGUCAAUAUUGAUCUAAUACGAGCUCUGACCAAUUCCAUUCAAGGCGCUGAGCUUCAAGAGCAGCGCUUGAUGAAUUAUUCAUUUGCUCCUGUCUCCCUUCCGCCUUCUAGGGUUGCUUCCAACGAGACUACGCCCAGCGCAACUCCGCAACAUAGCCAUAGCCAUAGCCCCAUGAGCCAUCCGUCGCCUCGAUUGAGCCCUAAAGCUCCCGAGCUGGUGUCACCACCGCUCACACCAGCCGGCACUUCCGCAGUGGAUUCUUCUACACGAAGCGCAAAGUCGGUCCGAAUUGCUAGUUCUGAUGGAGGAUAUGAUUCUCAGGCAAUAACACCGCAAGCAUCGGGACAAGAUUCUAGACCAGCUUCGCCUCGAAUGGCUUUACCACACAGACCUGCCUCCAGCGACACUAUAUCUCAACGAACGACUGCUGUAGACGAACGGGACGCUGUCCGCUCGCAUCGAAAGGCGAUUUUUAGCAUUGGACCCGGAGGUCAAUCCACACCUGUGUCUAGGGAGUCCAGUCCCUCGAGAAAUGCCGCCUCUCAGUAUUAUUCGCGGCCCUUUACUCCUCAAGGGGAUAUCAAUGAUCCUUAUGCUGCAAGCAAACGGCCGAUACAGAACAAAGCGGGUGGCAACAUUGAGCAGCGAUUCGUUUUCUCUAGGAAAAAGAAACAUGCUUCCCCUUCUUCCUCGUCCACAAACUUAUCCAGGCUAGAUAGACAAGACAAAAGACAUUCGGGCUUUUUUUCAAAUAAGAACAAGUCGGGCGAUCUUCACCAGACAGGUUCUGGUUCAACAACACAUAGUACACACGGAUCUAUGUCUGAUCUGAAGCGAUUCUUUAAAGUUGGUGUUAAUCAUAGGCCCAAGAAGCCGGCAUCGCCGUCUCCUUUGGGAGCUAAGCCAGUCUACCAGGUUCCAUUUGCCGACGACCAUGGCCUCACGUCCAAGUAUGGAAAGCUGGGGCGAGUGCUCGGAUCUGGCGCCGGCGGCUCCGUUAAACUUAUGAAGAGAACUGAGGACAAUACAGUGUUCGCAGUGAAGGAAUUUCGCCCUAGGCAUUCUUACGAAACCGAAAAGGAAUAUGUCAAGAAGCUGACAGCCGAAUUCUGCAUCGGGUCCGCUUUGCAUCAUGGCAACAUUAUUGAGACGCUCGAUAUUGUCCAAGAGAAGGGAAAAUGGUACGAAGUCAUGGAAUACGCCCCAUACGAUCUGUUCGCUAUAGUUAUGACUGGGAAAAUGUCGAAGGCGGAGAUUACAUGCUGCUUUCUACAGAUACUGAGUGGAGUAACCUACCUUCACAGCUCGGGUCUUGCCCAUCGCGAUCUGAAAUUGGAUAAUGUUGUCGUUAGCCAGCACGGCAUCAUGAAGAUUAUUGACUUUGGUAGUGCCCAUGUUUUUAGAUAUCCUUUUGAAACUGAAGUUGUCCUUGCUUCUGGUGUGGUUGGGUCCGAUCCCUACCUUGCCCCAGAGGUUUAUGACGAACGAAAGUAUGACCCUCAAGCGGUGGAUAUCUGGUCUCUUGCGAUCAUUUUUUGCUGCAUGUCCCUGCGGAGGUUCCCUUGGAAGGUCCCGCGCUUGUCGGAUAAUUCAUACAAGCUGUUCGCAGCAGAGCCGUCUCCCGGUCACGACCCGAAGAAGCUAGUUCUUCCCUCGAGGUCUACGAACGAUCUUACGAGUAUUCCACAGCGCGAUAUUUUUGCGGAAGAUGACGCGAAGGAGCAAAGUUCCAAGCCCAACGAGCCAUCUACUCCUAGUGGCGAUGGUCCUACUACUGGAGCUAACACCGCAAGCAGCAACGGAACCAACAAUCAGGAAAAGAAGGAAGUCAUAAGGGGUCCGUGGCGUCUGUUGAGGCUGCUUCCAAGGGAAAGCAGACACAUUAUUGGGAGGAUGUUAACGAUUGACCCCAAAAAGCGGGCUCAGAUGCCUGAGAUACUCGAUGAACCUUGGGUAUCGGAUACAGUUAUCUGUAGGCAGGUCGCUCACGGGCAAGUCAUUCACGCGGACGAUCACACGCAUGUCCUUGAGCCACCGGCGCCACCGAGUAAAUAGGAAGAGCGGGAACCCAGGGGUCAUCGCGGCGGAGUAUUUUGCACAUAUAAAAAAAAGAUUUUGGGCAUAAAGGAGAAAAUUCGGGUUUACCAUACCGGCGUUUAAGGGGUCAUAGCUUCGGGGUCAUUAACGGCAAAGCGGAAGGGUGCAA